AUGCCACUGAGGUAUUUUGAUCGUAUCUCUCUCAUUACAACUCCGAUUCAAGCCCACUACGUGUCUACGGACUCACCUUACCGUGUUAUAAGGAACAGGACUGAAAAGACUAACAAGAAGACUUCUCAAUCCACAGAUGAGAAGUUCUACUUGUGCAGGAAGUUUAUUCAAACUCAAAUCCAGUAUUUAGGAACAUGUUCAAAUCACAACCCACAGAGAAGAACCCAAUCAAGAACAGCUGCAGAUGCUUCUGCAGCAUUGAAAACCAAAUAUGCCAAGUGGGAAAAGGCUAAUCAUAUGAGUAUGUUGAUUAUGCAAAAGUCAAUGGCAUCAUCUGUGAGAGGUAGCAUUCCCAAAUUUGAGAAUGCUAAACAAUACUAUGAAGCUAUUGCACAGAGAUUCAAGGAGUCUGAGAAAGUUGUCAAAAGUACCUUACUAAAUCAGUUGAUUAAUAUGAGAUAUGAUGGACAAGGAUGUGUGAGAGCUCAUAUCAUGAAUCUGAUUGACAUUGGAACUAAGUUGCAGGAUUUGGAAUUGAAUGUAGAUGAAGAUGUGAUGGUUCAUCUUGCUUUGAAUUCGCUAGCAAAGGAGUUUAAGUCUCUCGAAGAUACCUACACUGCUCAAAGGAAAGCUGGACAUUGA